UCUUUAAUAAUGUCUGUCUGGUCCCUCUUUCUCUCUCUCUCUUACAUACGAAGCAAUGAAGAAGCUCUACCGGAAAGGAACCGUACACCCCUCGCCGCAGAUAAAAUCCGACGACCACCUUCUCUCCCUUCUUCCCGUUGCCAUCUUUUCACUAGCGGCGGUUCUUUCUCCAAAUGACCGUGAAGUCUUGGCUUACCUCUUGUCAACAGCCUCUUACUCAAGCGACCGAAACUAUACCUCUCGCAUGAAUAAGACCAAACCCCGCGAGAAGUCACGUUUAGACAACCACGCGCCUCUCUUCCACUGCGACUGUUUCAACUGUUAUACGUGUUACUGGGUCAGAUGGGACUCUUCACCAAGUCGCCAGCUGAUUCAUGAAAUCAUCGACGCUUACGAAGACAGCUUGGAGAAGAAGAAACACACCAAGAAGAAGAAGAACGUAAGUGGGAAGAAAGAUCGGAGAAAGCGUUCAGGGAAGUCUUCAGCUCUCGCUAGUCCUAGCUUUGGUACGAAUGAUUCAGAGAGUCUAAGUCAGGUCACUGAGUCUAUAGCAAGUUCGUGUGCAUGUUCGAGCAAGUUAGUUGAUGGAACUGGUGGUUGCAACGGCGGUUUGGAAUUUACGGAGGAGUUCCAUGCGGGAGACGGUAGCGAAGAGGCGGAGGAGGAGGAGGGGUCCGUUAGGAGGUUUGUGAGUUUCAUAGGUGAGAAAGUUUUUGGUGUUUGGGGAUGAGAAUAUUUACAAGAAAUAAAAAGCUAUAAAUGUUUGUUGCUUUGUGUAAUUCACUUGGAUCUUUGUAGGCCAAACUGUUUGAUUACCGAACGUUUUCAUGUGUAAGCGCAUUAACUGUACUAUAAUGCAACAAAAUAUCAUUGUCUUU